AUGGCAUCCCAAAAGUCGACGUCCGGCGGCUUCGAGCCCAGCUCGACCGCGGGCCCAACCCAGCGCUUCGUGCGCAGCGUCGCCGACGUCGGCAAGCCCUCGCCAUUGCGAUGGCUCCGCGCGCCCGCGCACCUCGGCGAUCGCACCUACGUGCGCAGGAUGGGUCUCGUAGAGUCCUUCUUCAGCACCAUGAGCUCGCUCCACCACGGUCGCACCGACAUCUUCCACCGCAUACCCCUCCGCUUCCCUGCAGAGGCCAAGGACAAAUUGCUGGCGCGACUGCCGCUGGCCUACGCCGUCCUAUGCCGCAGGCACCCGUUGCUCUCGUCGCACGUCGUGGAACUGACGCCGGAUCUCGAACGCUUCGACGAGGAGCGGGCCAAGUCCUUGCGCCACAGCGGCAGCGGCGACGGCUCAGCCUCGGCCCUCUCGGAACCUCACUUCGUCUACCAGGUACCCUCCUCGGCCGGCGAGCUCCUCGACCGAGCAAGAGAACGGGUGCUCUUCCUCUCGCCCGACUGGUCAGAGACGAUAGCCCAGCCGGCCGCCAAGAAGGCGCCAGCUGAGCAAACUCUCGACGGAGACCGUACCAAGAGAUGGCUGAAGCAGUACGUCUGGAACGGGCCUCGGCGGUUCUUGAGCCAGAAACACCCCUACGGACUCGGGAGGGUGCUUGUCCUUCCCACGCCGCAGUCAGCCACCGGCGGCUCGCUCGCCUCGAUCGACUUGGUGCUGUGCGUGGCGCACUGUGUUGGUGACGGCCUCUCGGUUUCGUCUCUGGCGGCUGAGCUCCUUGGCCUCUUGACGUCCGACGACCUGCCGCACUCGCUGGGCAAUGUGCGAGAUGUACCGUCCGAAGCCACCUUUCCUGGCGCCACGCACAAGGAGUUCGGAAGCGUGUCGGACGAGAUCGCCGCCGCGCUCGAGACAGGGCUACUCAGAGACCACCGGCGCGCAGACGGCGGGGCGGGCGCCAUGUCGCCCGACUUCAUCGAGCCCCUGCUUCCUCCACCGAUCGAAGCGGCCUACCCGCCGUUCCUCGACCCAAGCGCAACUGGCUCGGCAUCGCUCGCUCGGACGCGAUGGUUCUGGGCGCUGCGUCGGGUGCGUGCCCAGGUGAGAUCGGCACGCUCUCUCAACGACCGCCUGACGGACUUCGCCGCCCGCAUCAGCGACGCAGACGCCCUUUCGCCGAGCGAAGAGCGAGACUGGGGCGCCCAUACCAACUGGUCAGCGGAACGACUCGAUGCCAGAGAGACUGGAUUGAUCGUGGCGGUCGCGAAGCGCAAGGGCGUCCGCAUCGGAGCACUCCUGUACGCCGUCUCGGCCUGCGCCCUCAACCAGCUGGCCAUCGAGGACGACAGGGAAGCCGUCAAUGGUGGCGCUCAGCAUGCCGACGUCACCAAGAGCACGGUGAUGGGCUUUCCCUUUAGCAUCCGGCAGUACCUGCGGCCCGAGUCGACCGUCUUCGAGGGAAGGGCUGAUGCUGCCCUUGACGAGCCCGCUCGCCCUUCGACGCUGUCGGUGCAGCUCGGAUUUGGGGGCAUCUCGUUCCCAGCUCCCGACGUCUUUUCUCUGAGCACAGACCCUUCGGCGGUACAGGACGGUUCGCUGAACCGUCGCGACCAGGUGCAGCUGUGGCAGAUGGCUCGGCACGCGCAGAAGCGGCUCGACGCCAUGUUCCGCCAUCCGCCGAUGAUGAUGGCCGACGGCUUCGUCACGGCGCUGGACCGCGAGAACCGCUUCCGUGUGCAAGGUGUGCGCGACGUCUUUGCCGCCGCACCCCAGAAGGACGACGAAGCAGAAGCAAACGACGACGACGACGACGACGACGACGACGAUAACGACGAGCAUAGACCAGGCCACCUCAAGAAGAACAUGCAGGGCCCCGGCUCGUCGCUCAACUACAGCAUGCUCGGCUCCCUGGACGGCAUCUUUUCCGGCGUCAACCUCACCCUGCCAUCAUCUUGGGGAUCCGGUGCGACGGGCGCUCGCCUCGAGGUGGGCACGAACAUGCUGAUCGGCGUGCGUUGCAGAGAGGGCGAGGCGUUCGGUACGGCCUUCACCAUCGGCGGCUGCCUGACGCUGGAGCUGGGACACGACCUCAACACCUGGAGCACGGAAAAGGUGGAGAAGUACCUGUGGCUGAUGCGGCGGAUCCUGAUCGGCCUGGCCGAGGCGCCUGCAUGA